CCAAAAGCGAGUUUACGCGAUUGGAAGUGAAUAGUGAGAGUUUUUAAGGACACGGAGAGCUUUCUAUGACGAGUUUAGGGAUGAGGUUUCCUGUUGAUCUCCUGGCUGAUGUUAGCCACGCUGAGCUGGAGAAGUCAGCCCACAACUACAUGAACAACCUCCUCUACAGAAGCCCUGAUUCUCCUGAGCACCUCACUGUCUCUGAGUCCACCCAGGUCACCAUAGACAUUUCCAGUGUGGGCUUCAUCCCUCUGUAUGGAUCCAGUGAUAAAGAGAAGAUCCUGGCCCUCUUCUCUCCCAGUGACCCAUUCACUUCAGUGGCUCUGUACCUGCUGGACCAGUGGUGGGCAGUGGACGAUAUUCUGAAGACAGCAGAUCCUGCUCGAGAUGGAGUUGUGGAGGUGGAGACAGUAGGAGAGAGAAUAGUUUUAUACAUCCUUAAUCGUGUCAUCUAUAGAGCUAAGGAGAUGAGCUCGGAAGAGCUUCCAUUCCUCUGCCAUGGAGAAAACGAUUCUGCAAAAAUCCUCUGGAAUGAUGGAGAAGCUGUUGGCUUCUAUUCAGUCAAGCCCUCAGGCAGCUUAUAUAAAUCUUUUUCUAGCAGAAGCUAUCAGCUCCCUGUGAUGGACUCCAUAUUUGUUAGAAAAUGUCAGCGUGGUAAAGGCUUUGGUCUUCAGAUGCUGGAGGACUUUGUGCUCACUUUCAAAGAGGACUGUCUGGGGUUGAGGUACCCCCUCACAAAAUCCAUGUAUAAAGUGUGUGAGAAGUACCUGUGUCAGAACCCAGGAGACACAGACCUGCUGUGGGAGGUGGAGAGCAUAGGUGGGCCCAACCAGAGGACCAAUAUCGCCCGCAAGAUCCAGGCCAUGGAUCUGAGUGCAGCAUCCAAGAGUCUCUCAUUCACAGAAGAAUCACUUGUGAUUACUGAAGUGACUGAAAAGGAUGUGGAGAGAGAGGCAAUUACCACACAAAUACAAAAAGCUGAAUCUAUGGAAUGCACAGUUGAAAUCGUGGAGGAAGUGACAGUACUGAGAGCUACCAAGGUUUCAGAAGCUGAGGAAGUGCCUGUUGCAGUUCGGGGAAGGAGUAGUAGCUCAAAACGAAGCACCAUCGCAGAAAAGACCACAGAAUACAAAUCAGAAAAAGUUAUCAGAAUCGAGGAUAUUGAAGCAGAAACCCCUAAAGAACAACAAGUUUUUGUGCAGGGGAAGACACCAUUGCACAAUGAAUUGGAGCAGACCGAGGGUAUGUUCGGUGUGGCUGCUGAAGAAAAAGGAGAAGAUGUAGUUGAUUCUGAACCUGAAGAUGAAGCAGCUAUGAUGUUGGACAAACCAGCUGCAGUCCUAGCCUCACAAGACCUAGAAGAAACUGAUGUCACAGUUGCACCUAUGAAUGAGGAACCACAAGAAGAAGAUGAUGCCACACAGGAUAUGAAAAACAUCUCCCCUGACUCACAGGUAAUAGUUGAGAAUGUGGCAUCUGUAAUUGUGGAAGCAGAGGAAGAGUGUCAGAAGGAAGACACUGCAAUAUUGGUGGUUUCUAAGGAAGAAUUAAAGGCACACAUGGAAGCAGGAAUUCUGAUUAAAGAGGGAGGUGAAACUGAAACUGAGGUUUCUCAUGAAAAGUUGGAAGAAAGAGUUACACAACAUGAGUUGUCACCACAUGUAACAUCUGAGGAUGGUGAAGCUGAAUCUAAGCAGCACAGCAAUCUACAGAAGGAGCUUUUGGGGGAAACUAUAGCCCACGAUGGAGGGGGAGUUUUGAGAGGAAGAACUAUUAGGAGCACCUCCACACUCAAAAUCAAAUACACCAGACACAUCCAUGAAGUAUGUGAAGAAGAAUUAGAAAAAGAGUAUGUGGCAGAGGAGAAUGAACUAGAGCAAGAAGAAAUUACUUCCAUAAAAGAGGAUGUAGUUAAUGAGGAGGACUUACCAGAGGAAAAAAAGCAACAGCAUGAAGAUGAGCAAUUGACAAAUGAAGGGGAGACAGAGAAACAAGUGGAGCCUAGGGUGAAAGACAGCACAGUGAAGAGCAGUUCAACAGAGGUUCCUGAGAAAGCAGUGACUGAACAUACAAAGGAAAACGAGGAUGAAAAAGUAACAGCUGAGCUGGGAGCAGGAGUUUCUGCUGAAGAGAUAGCAGAUGAACAAGCAGCAGACAAACAGAUGGAGGAACACAACCAGGUGGAACAAAAGGAGACUGUUAACAAACCAGAAAAUGAGAUAUCAAAUCACGAAUUGACAGUUGUGACAGAAGGUACAGUUCCAAAGGCAGGGGGAUCAGCAGAGGAUGUUAUACCUUCAACUGCUGCUUCAGAAAUAGUAAUACUUCCAGAGGAGGCUAUCGUACCAGUAGCUGAUGAGCCCGAGCAAAAGGACAUUGUCUCUGACAUCCCCAAGCUCCAGAAAGCUACUGUCAUUUUAGUGGACCUAAAAACAUCUUGCCAUUACUUUAGCAUGAAAGAGGCAGAAGAAAAAACUAUUGAUGGAGAGUGUGCUGCUCCAGAAAAGGAACAGAUAGAGCUGGUAGAAGCAGAAGGGAAGGGAUUUUCUAGCUGUGUUGCAAGGGAACAAACAUCAGACCCAGAAAUGUUGAUGUUGGAAGAGGAAGAUGAAGGGAAACAGGAAGACAUUACAGAAAAAUCUGCUGAUGCAAUUGCAAAGGCAGAUACUGUCAAGAUAAAAGAGCUUGAAGAACAUAAUUCUGAAAAAGAAAAGGAAAAGUCUGUCAGUGUGGAUGAGAAAAAAAAUGCAGUAGAGGAAGCACCGAUCAUUGAAGCAAGAGUUCUUAGAAGUGCAAGAAAGACCACUGAAGCAAGCUGCAAAUCCAGAGGGAGAAGCAACCAGCAGCAAAAGGAAGACAACAUAGGUGAGGGUUUGACUAAAAAAGAGUUGGAUGAAGCAGAAACAGGCUCUUUGGGGAUUGAAGAAGAGAUGGAAACAGUGGCAAAGGAUGCACUAGGAGAUGAUGCUGAAGAGAAUCUUCCACCAGCUGAGGUAGAUAAGGCAAUGAGCUCAGAAGAGGGAGAAGCAGCAGUUGUUGAAACCAGAGCUCUGAGAAAUGAAACAAAGACAGUCACAGAUCCACUAACACACAAAACAAAAAGAAGCAGAAAGCAAGUUGAUGACCAAGAGGCAGAAAACAGUGAAGAAGAAGAACUAACAGUGACAACAAGAGCAAUGAGACAGGGGAGGAUAUCUCCCUCUGCCUCACAAAAAGGGAAAUCCAGAAGAACUCAUGAACAAAUCAGUGAAGAAGAGCAGUCUAAAAGUGCUGAGGAAACAGCAGAAGAAAAAACAGAAGUCAAGGGAGCAGCUGAAGAAAGAACAAAUGAAGAGACAGAGGAAAAAAUUGAGGAGAGAGGAAGAAAGGUUAAGGAGGAAGCGACUUCUAAAAGAGAGGAAAGUUUAGAGCCAGAAAUAGAUGUUCAGGAAUGGAAAGGUGUGGCAGAGGAAAGACAGACUAUAAUGGAAGAGCAAUCAGAAGUCAUGUCCAACACAUCUGCAGAAAGAGGGAUAGAGGCCUCAGGUGAAGAAUACAGUGAAAGGAAGCCAGUCUUUGAGGUUGAGGAAGUGGAACUACCACCAGUUGCAGUAACUAUAUCUUUGAGAAGUGGUGGAAAGACAUCCAAAGCUCCACCAAAAACCAGAGCCAAAACAAGAAAAAAUCAGGAAGAUGAAGAGGAGAAGGGAUGGGCAUCUGCAGAAAAGAGAGCUGAAAGACAUGAGCCCCCUGGAGAAACAAGAAUUCUGAGAAGGGGAAGGAAGUCUGUAAGUAGAAGCUGCAAAAAACUCCCAAAAACAAUGGAGGAACCAAAGGAAUCAAUUGAGCAAGCACAGGUAGAGGAAGAAGAAGGAGCAGCAGGGCUGGGAUCACCUGAAGAACUACCAACAGAGGGGGAUGAGGGGAAAAUCCCAGAGGAGGAUAGAAGAGAGGUAGAGAAGGAGGAACAUGGAAAAGGAGUGUCAGAAGAAGGAACAAUGACAAUGACUGAAGAGGAGGAGAACACAGCCAUAGUUGCAGCUGAUGCAGAUGAUUUAGUACAAGAAGGAAAGACUGACCCACCAUUAGUCAAACCUCACACAGACUCAGGUAUACUUACAAGUAGUAACGAGGAGGUAACAUAUUCAGCUGAGGAUCAACAGAGUGAGGAAAAGGCAUACCAACUUUCUGAUCUCCAAAGAGUGACUGUGGUUUUAGUGGACCUGAAAAAAGCACAUCAUGAAGUCCAGGAAGAAAGAGCAGCUGUUCCUGUAGAAAGGACUUCUGCUGAGGCAGAAAAGGAGCAAAAGGGAGAAACAAAGGAAGAAGAAACAGUGACAGAGGAGCAUGCUCCUGGUUCCCCUCUGGACAUAGAACAAGCGGAACAGGUGAAGGUGGUAGUGGAAGAGGAAAGGUUGGAGGACAAAGUGGAAGAUGUAGUCACAAUACAGAAAGAGACAGGGAACUUGAGUGCUGAGGAGACAGAGGCUAAAAACGAUGAUGAUGAGGAAAAGGCACCUAAAGUCACACAGACCAGAAAAUGGAGAAAUAGAAAUCAAGCAGUCAAACCCACACCAAGACGCAAAUCAGCAAAAAGCAGACAGAAAAGGCGCCAAGAAGAAAAGGAGGCAGCCUCAGAAAUUAGAGAAGAGGAGCCAGUAGUUCACGUCAGGGGAAAGACGUCUGUCCCUCUAACUAAAAAAUGUACAACAAGAACCCAAAAGCAACUCCAAGAAGAAGAGGGAGGAGAAGAAUCUACAGGAGUUGAGGAGAGAGAGGCAGAGGAAGAAGAGGAACAUACAGAGGAAAAACAGGAGAUGAUUGAUCAGGAGAGGGGAGAGACACUUGAAGAAAAGGAUGCAUCUCAACGAGUAGAAAAUAUAGAAACAGAAAUGAGUUUAGAGAAAGUGGGUACUGUGGCAGAGGAAGCUGUCACACAACAAGAUGCACCAGAGGAUGGACAGGCUGACAGUACUGCGACAGUUGCAGAUGAGAACACAGAGGCGCCAGCUGGACAAAGCUCUGAUGAGAGAAAGACCUCAGAUGAAGCUGUCACAAUAAAGGAUACAGUGGAAAUGGUGAAACAGUGGCAACAGUCAGUGUUCAUAACUGAGGUGGUGGAAACCACACAAAAGGCACUGCUGACAGCAAAGGACGACAAGGUAAAGGCUAUUUCUGAGGAGGAAGAAGCUUCGCCUAUUGAAACAAGGAUUCUGAGAAGUGGCAAAAAGGCAGUGAGAGACCAACCAAAGGGCAAAAGCACACAAAGACAAGAUUAUGGGCAAGAAGUGGAGGCAGCUGAAGAGAAAAGCACCGAAGAUGAACCAUCUGUAGAGACGAGAAUUGUGAGGAAGAGAAGGAGGUCUGCUCCUCCCACACCUAGACAUAAAUCCAAAAGAGCCACACAGUGUCAAGAGGAAGAGGCAGAAGAAGGAACUACUCCAGCUGAAGAAACUGAAGGAGGGGAAACUAAAGCUGGUAAGAAAGAAAAUAACAGUGAUGAGAAAAUAGAUAAAGAAGAUGAUGAGGCUCAGACAGGAAAAAGUACAGAGCCAGAAUCUGAGAUGGAAAAAGUAGAAACUGUGGCAGAGGAAUCAUUCCCAGAGCAAGAGACAGUGGAAGGAGAACAGUACACAGUUUCACAGACGUGUGCAGGUGGACAGACCUCUGUUGGGGGAAGUGCUGAAGAGACACCUAAUUCAAAUAAGGGAACAGCUACUGAUGAGGAGGAAGUACCAGUUGUUGAACCAAGGGUUCCUAGAAGUGGUGAGAAGGCAGUGAGAAUGACACCAAGAUCCAAAACCACAAAAAGCCAACAGGAAGAAAACGAAGAAGAUGUUACAGUAGUGGAAAAGAAUGCUGAUACAGAUGAGCCAACAGAAACAAGAGUUGUGAGGAAGGGAAGGAGGUCUCCUCCUUCAACACCUAGACAUAACUCCAAAAGAACCCGCACACAGUGUCAGCCAGAGGAAGAGGCAGAAGAAGGAACUACUCCAGCUGAAGAGACUGAAGGGGAGGAAGAGGAGGCAGGGCAGGAAUCAGUUGAAGAGAAAGGAAAGAAGGCUGAGGAAGAAGUGAAGAGUAUGGAAACAACGGAGAAGAAGAAAAUUUUGGAAGAGAAUGAAAUUGAGAAUGAGGCUGAAGGAGAAUCUGUCAUGGGAGAUGCAGAUCAGAUGAACGAUGCCAUGACAAAGGAAGAGACCAGUACUGACACAGUCCACAUUUCAUCAGCUAAAGUGGAAGGGACGAACUCUGCUGAGGAAGAGGACAGUGCACUCAUAGAAAAAUCUGCUGCUGCUAUAGCUGUGGGAUCUGACACUGCCAUUGCUGAUGCUGAGGCACUAGUUGAAGAUGCAUAUUCUAUGGUACAGGAAGACGCCUCAGCCAUAACAUCACGAAGCUCCAGAAGACAGAAAGGCCAAGGAAUAGAGGAGGGUCAGCAGCAGAAAGAGGAAAACCCUGAGGAUGGGGAAACACAAGACAAAGUGCACCCAUUGACUACUGAUACAGCUGAAAACAGAGAGCUAAGUGCCCAUGAACGCACAGAACCUGAGGAAACAUCACCUAUUCCACUGGAGGCAGGGCCUCCAACUGAAGAUACUGCAGAGAGCCAGGCUAAAGAACAAGGUGACAGCAACAGAGUGCCAAAGCCAGCUGCUGAAGAAGCAGCACCAGAAGAAAUGGAAUCACCAGAGGAGUCUUACUCUGGUGAAAGUAAGAAUACAACUGUGGACCCUCCAGUAGUAGAAGGCAGAAGUCUCAGAAGAAGGAUGAAAACUGCAAAGAAAGAAGAGGACAAAGCAGAAGAAACCCAACUUCCAAAGCGAAGAUCCAUACGAAAAAGACCAAGAGUGGAUUAUGCAGAAAAUGAUGAGGAUGAAGGGGGUGAGACUAAAGCUCCCACUAACAGAGAGGACAAGGGUGAAGUGGAAUCAGAUGAGCACAAAGACAGCAAGAAAGCUGAAUGUUGUACUGAUGAACAGAUAGAGAAAGACAUGGGAGCUUUUGAGAGUACAAGUCAAAAGGGGGACGUCCUCAAUUUAUUGGAUAUAGGUGAAGAGGUAGAAACAGCAGCUAUAAGUCAAAAACAUGAGGAAGAUGAGCAGAAUAUUUCAGAGGAAGAGGUGGAACUUAUUGAGAUUGGAGAAAGAGUUUUAAGAGGGAGGUUAAUUCCUUCAGUAAUAAUCACACCCCAGUCUAAACCCAGACGUUGCAGUGCUAAAGGCCAAAAAGCAGAGGAGUCUUUUUCUGAUGAAGGGAAGAGCCCUGAGUGUGCUCAGAAGAGAAGUCUCUGCAAGAGAAAAAGUACUGAGGUAACACCAACUCGCAAAUCUAAGCAUCACAGCAGAGUUUAGGAUGUUCUGAAUACUAUGAUUGACAUUGACACCAAAAUACAGGAAGUGGUGAGCAGUCACAAAACUGGGAGAAUGCAAUAGAAAAAAAUAUCAUAUGCAAUAUUUCAAUGCAAGCUGGCCUUCUUUAUUGUGAAGGCUCAUAAUGUAGACCGACAGUAUGUUUUUGUAAGUAAGUGAUGCUAUGCAACUUUAGAAAGAAGAAAUCGCACAUUUUUAAUGUUAAUAAUAAAAUGUUUUUAAAAAAGCAUUAUAGCACACCCUACACACAAGGUCUUUGCUGCUAUACCUUACUUUGGUAUGAACAGUGGCUAAUGGUGACUAACGCUGACUAGUACAAAGUUUAGAUACUGUCCAUAUUGCUGUGUAACUGACAUUAUUGAGUCAGCUCAUUGACUUAAUGACUUUUCUGUGUUUGUGCUACAUUACAUUUUAGCAUUUACCAUUAUCUUGCAAACUGUUAGGCGUGUGCAGGUGUACCCUGCCUCCUGCCCAAGGUGAGCUGGUAUAGGCCCCAACUCCCAAUGACCUUGAAAAGAAUAAGUGACUACAGAUAAAGAUGAGUGGCAUUAUUCUGUCACUCUUUAUCUGUUGUGACCUACUUGUGGCCACAGUGGUGGCUCAGCCAAAGUUACAUAGUCUUGCUUUAAAGCCAGCAUGCCGACAAUUUAAAGUAGAGACCAUGUUGAUGUUCUGACCCAUGAGUACUCUGUAGUCAUUACUACAUAAUUACAUGAUUUGGACCACAACCAUCUUCGAACUUAACCUUCAUUUUGAUCUCAUCUACAUACCUGUGAAGUUUUUUUGAGUGUACCUUUCACAGUUGUGAUGCUAGUGUGGUGACAAUAUCAGUCCAGAGACAUAAACAUCUGCCAAGGCACUCAAAUUUGCCUUUUUGGUAGUUGCCGCAACAGUGAAUCUCUCCACAACCACAUUUUGCCAUGAUGAUACUCCCACACCCAGACUCACAAGGUGAAAACAAAACCAGCUAAGCUGUCUUGACUGAUGAGAAAUCAGCUGUAAGCUUUGGCCCCCCAUGGACCUGAUCCAGGGACUCUGUAUGUGGCACCAGGAUUGGUGAAAACUUAUACCAUCAUAAUCAUUUGAAAGACAUCAUAAUCACAUACAAAUUAUACACAAUAAGUGUGUCUCCAACCAUUUUCAAUUUGCGCAUAAAGAACUUCAGUGGAAACACUGGAGUUUCAAAAAAAUCUUGAAAUAUGGUAUGGAAAUUUUCACACUUGGCUAAAGUGGAAAAGCUGGUAAAAGCAAAAGGUGACAACAUGCAAUGGAAACAGACUUAGUAAAUUGAUAAUGACGUAUAUGAAGCAUGUGACACAAACAUCCACUGAUGAGACGAAAAAUAGCAGCAGAAAUGCUACAUUUCCAUCACGUUUCCUACAUUUUUAUUUUCACUGUUUGAGGUUUGACAGGUGAUCUUUUAAUUGCAUCAUCUUGUUGUGCCUUCUUCUGCAGUGGUUUAAUGACACCUGACUGGACAAUUAGCUCCACCAGAUGUUUAUCUUCACUCCAAAGAGUCUCAGAACAGCAGUGGAUUGAAACGUGAAAUCAUUCCCAUUUUCUUUUGAUGAAUUUCUCAAAAACUUGGUUAAAAUUUGCACUACAUUCAGAUAGAAAUUCACUUAUUGUGUCUUUAAAGGGUCUUCCACAUACUUGUCGCAGGUGUGUUGUAGAAACUAAAUACUUCAUCACCAUCACUGUCUGUUGUUAAUCCUCAGAACAAUACAGCCAUGUUUCAGACUGCCAACAGCACAAUAAGAACUGUCAGAAAAUCCAGCCUGUUUCAGUGACAUCCAUUGACAUUCUAUGAGAGAAUGGAGCCCUUUGGCUGGUGAAGCAGAGACACUGGCAAAAAACACAGGGUCAUCCAGCAAAAAAGUUGAAUCUGACACAGCUUUCGCUGCAACAUACAAGUUUGGCAAUACAUUACUUUGGUCAACCAAAUACUGUAUAUGUAAGCACACAUUCCUGAUUCCUUAUAAUUCUCAGUCAUCGAGAUACAGGAUAAAAUUACUGUGAGUUGUAAAAUCCUGCCCCAUAGUACUAUCUGAUCAUUCUUGCCUAUCCUAAUCUUAAAUAGAACUGGAUGUAAGGUUACAGAUGUACAGAUUUUAAGAUAUGACUUAUAUUUUUUACCUGUUCAAGUUCUUUUGACUGUUUCUUAAAAAGCCAUACUUUCAAUUCUUUCAAGUGGCAAAUUAAUAUUUUUACACAGUAAACAUUUUCUUAUAUUAAAAUGUGAAUGUCUAGUUGAAGAUCUGAAGAUUAUGUUUUUGUAUUUUAUACACAUACAUAACAUGUUCUUGCUUUGCAGUUCUCAGCAGAACUCAGGUCUUGAUAUUAACAGUUUCUCUUUUCAUUUUAAUUUCUAGUAUUUUAUUUUAACCAACUCGUAUGUUACACUUGUUACACUAUGUGAGCAUUAUACCCGUGUAGGGACGACAGUUUUGUCAAGCCAUCAUGUACCCAGUGUCAUCAGUCUUGUUUUAAUAAUGUGAUAUUAUUUAGUCAACAUUAUACUUUGGUUUAUCAGUGUCAAUUCAAGUGUUGUUCUUGUUAUUUGUAUCUUCUGGAACUUGGAAGCCAACAAUUAAUCAAAUUGGUCAAAUAAUUUAGCUACGUGAUGUAAAACUGCAGUCUUUCAUAAAUGUAUUCUGUGUUUGCUAGCAGACACGAUUUAGGUCAGAAGGUAAAAGUAGUCAUUUAAUGUCAUUAACAACAUUUAUUUUCUUUUAAUUAUGUUUUCUGUGUACUAACCUUUCUCUGCAAAGUUAUUUUUCCAACAUAUGAAAUUCCUAUUUUUGUGGCAAAUAAAGAUUUCUGAAGAUAGUA